AUGUCGACUACCCAAGACUUUGAGGCACUCCUCGUGCCCAUGCAGCUAGAUGCCUUUGUUCUCAAUAAAGCUGUAUGCGGCACUGGAAAUGAAGGCGAUACGAGUGCGCAUAUCUGUCCCAUAACACAGCCCAACUAUACCUUUCUACGCCUAGAAAACUUCCUAAUCCAGAGCGAUUUUCAAAACCAUGCCGACUUACACAACACGGCCCCGGCUGAGAUAAAUUCGCGUAUGACGGACCUGGGCGCGCGUCCUAGCCCCCAACCGUUGCGUCAUCGGUACGGUGUUUAUAUCCACUGGACGCUACCCCGUUUCUACCGCUCAGGAGUAGCAACCAGCGAGACGGUGCCUGAGGUUUCUCGUAGACAAGAACGAAUUCGGCACGGAUUAAAAGCAACGGCUUUAGAGACCGAACAACCUGCUCUUACUACGCCUGAUUUUGUUCAACCACCUACGCGUUGGGUUGUGGUACGUAGGAUCGAAAUCGACAGCAUUCAACCAGAAACAGCCAAAUCAGCGUUUGUCGGUCGUGAAUAUGAGGCAUGGGUAGUAGAAAGUGACCAUAAAUGGUCACUCGAUGAUAUUCCGCUCGACGUCGACUUGCAGACAGAUGUAGCACCUUUCAUCACAGGUAAAUCGGGCGCAGACGUCAAUAUUGAGGAGCAGGCUGAGGUUUUCAUCGGACGCAAAACGCCGUUAGCUGACUGGACUCCUGAUGACCCUAAUUCAGAGGCUCAGCCACCCAAUAUCAGUCUUCUACGCAGCGGAAAUCAGCUCUUUGCCGAUUUUCAAAUGCACAACUCGAACGUCUUCAGCAUUCUUGAUAAUUUUGAGUACGCCGAUGAAAGCGGCAAGCCUCAGUAUCUAUGCUAUGCUAAAGCUAAUUAUUAUCUCCUGGGUUGGCAUUGGAAGGACGAUACAGAUCCGCUCUGGAACUCUACCAAGUUUACUGCACAUGGCGCAAGUUUGGAAUCCCUCUUCAUGAAAAUGAAAGGUGCCGAUGAAAAUCCAGAUGACUGGAGCGACUGGCUCAAUGAUACGAGUCAGCUGAGAGCAUUGUGCCACGGCGCUAUGUACGACGUAGUUUGGGAUGAGGAUAAGAAGCCUGCUACAACGCCAGCAGACGAGUACAAUGCCCGCAUCAGUGACCCGACACAAGCAGCUGUGUCAGUUGGAACUACUCCCAUGGACGCGCUGAUAUCGUAUUGCCAUGCUCGCAAGGGCGGAGGCGAUAUCGACCAGUUAGAGGAGGACAUCCUCGCGCUCGAAUCGUUGUUACUUUCACGCGACGACGGUGUCGAAGCGCAACGCGAGGCUAAGAAUACAAUCUACAAUUGGUCUUUCAAUCGCUCACCGGGUGGAUUACACUACCACUUCUCAGGUGGGGGUAAGCCUGGUGAACAGCCGGUUGAGCCUGAGCGACCGGCUGUUCUGAAGCUGUCUGAAUUAAAUCAAGCACAGAGUCUACUAGAUAGCUGCAAUAAUACCAUGAAGCAAUACCGCUGGGACAUGUUCUCGUUGUGGUGGGGAUUUAUGAGCGACGUUGGCAACGGCGAGGGAAGCAGUAACGAAACCGAGACUGGGGAAUACCAAAAGAGAGUAAAUGCCCUAGCAAAGGAUAUAGGAAAUCUGCAAAGUCGCAUCGACCAGUUGCAACAAAAUAUUACGGAUUUACUAAAUCCACAGGAUAAAUUACAGAACCUACUAGAGACAGCUAAAGCGGCAAGCAAGCCCGUCUUCUACCGUGCAAACGACCCGACGGUCCUCAUUGGCGGCAUCCCAUCUGGUUGGCCUAUUGAUUACCUGGAUAAGGUAGCUGUCCGCGCGCCGGCUCAGACCAUUCCCGCCAAUGACACUUCCAAUCUACCAGUUGCCUUAAAGGACUUGUCUGAUCUUUUAAAAAAGAAGGUCCCUGAUAUUCUCCGGGCACCUGCUAGUUCUUUAGUAACUGAGUUCUACAUCAUCCAACAAGAUUAUAGUAGUUCUAAUGAGCCGCCUGCGGGUACAUUUUACCCCCAGUUUCAUGAUCCUAAUACUGUCGUUUCGGACGGGAGUUUACGCGACCAAUGGGGAAACCGACAGCCAUGGUUCCCCCUUUACGUCGAGUGGGAAACUGAGUACACACAUGUGCCUUUCAACUAUUGGAAGCUCGACGAACACACGGCCCGUCUUUCAGUUAAUGAAAUGGUGCGCUAUGGUAUCACCGUUCCCUCCACGGACGGUGAGGAACCACCGCCACUAUGGGAGGCGCUACUUGAUGAGCAGAAAGGCAAUGGUCCGGACAUGCGUGUGCUGUCUGGUCGGGUACUCAUCUUACCACAGCCUAGCUUCUCGCUUGGGGCUAAGAUAGCGCAGCUCUUUGACAACACGCCGCCAGAAAUUCUUGACAUAUAUUUGUCAAAAGAGGAGCGUGACAACCUACGUGCGAACGUGUCAAAGCUGUCGUACCUGUCGAUGCCGCUCUCUGGCUUUACUAAUGGCAUAGUAACACUAGCAGAGGGUAGCCACAUCAAACCUGAAAAUAAGACUAUUGACUCGGGGGUCGAGUCAAGCCAGGCUAUUGAUGCGGCAGUAAACGACAAGGCAGGUUUAAGUAAAGAACAUAUUGAACUAAUCAAAGGAGAGUCGGCCUCAACACCGUACGUUGCUUUAGCCAAUUUCCUCGACAGUGCAUGGUGCCCCUUUAAACCUGUGACACAUGGGCAGUUCAGAUUUCGCAAGCUUAACAUCAUCGACAAGUUUGGCCAAGCCUUAGUUCCCAUCGAUCAGAACCCCCAAAUCGAUGGCCCUCCACCCUUAUAUCCUUGUAUUAGCGAUUUCUAUGAGCCACAAACUAUUAAGGUCGACGGCAAGGACCAUGCCAAUACAGUAAUCAAGGAUAACCCUGCCCAAUGCGAGUUCCUUCAGCUUCCACCGCAAAUUAAUCAGAAUGCACGUCUUAACGCUAAUUUUGUCCAACGUAUUUCCGACGAUCCAGAGGAUGAAAAGAAGGUAAUUGGAGCUCUAGGAGCACUUUCCAACGACUCCCCCGGAUCGGCUACCUGGCGCCCAGCAUCUGAAUGGGAAAACCCCAUCUGGGGUUGGGUUAUUACAAAUUAUGCCGACUACGGUAUCCAACUAUUCCUAGCAGAUGGGACCUUUUACCGUGAGGUUCGCUUCGGUGGACCUCUUGGGACGUUAGAUGCGCCGAAGUGGUUACCCUUCAGCCCCGAUAAGGAUACUUCGACUACCGAUACACGCCAGCUUGAUGCCCUCGUCAACAAACUCGCCGAUCGUGAUUAUCUUCAUGGUUUCUGGACCAUGAUUACGAAGGCACAGGAGACACUGUCGGCUGCACCGAACGACUAUGCUCAGUUCCUUAAUUCCAUCGUGGGUAAGCCGCUAGCUCUAGUUAAUACGGGUUGGUCCCUGGAGCUAGACUCGCCUCCGCUCAAGAAUCAAAGCACCAGGAGCAAAGUCAAAGAUCCAGAGCGUGAUCUGACGAAGUCGGCCGCCGAUAAAGAUUAUUAUAAGUUCCAAGUGCGGCUAGGAGACCGCGACGCUACCUAUGACGGGCUGGUGGGAUAUUUCGAUACUACAGCCCCGGGUACUGACGAGCUCAACUUUGACUACAUUAGAACGUUCUUUUCUCCAGAUGAUAAAGAAAUUGUGCCACUAAGGCCUCUCAAUACUGACGAAUACCCACUAUUCACACCCUUCUGGGAACCUCCCUUCCCAGUCGAGCCAGCAGACUUCGAUAACCAUCGCAACGCGCGGAUGUCAGUAUUCGGCGCCAUAAUCGACCCAUUCACACCUAUACAUGCGUACUCAUCAUUCCUGCCGCCGUCCGAAUUACUACUACCGUCAUGGACAUGGCAAAGGGCCAUGAACACUAUGACCGCAUUCUUCCAUGCGGGACCCCUAACACUACCACUCAAUGACGUGCCACCCUAUGACCCGGCACAGGUGCUUACAAAAGACAACGCAAAAGAAAUUCCCAAGCGUGACCUGCCAUUGCCGUCGCUUGGAGCUGGCGACUGGAGUUGGUUUGAGCCGUACGUUGUUGAGGGGGAUGGAGACGGAGAUGGGGAUACUGUAUUCAAUCCGUUUGGUAUUGAGAAGAGAGGCGAUUUGACAAAACCUGGAUUUCAGAAUGGUCCUUACACUGCCGUCGAGGGAUUCUUACAGUUAAGGAACCCUAUCAUGAUGCCAAAGGAGUAG